AUGACGACCCAAUACAGACAGGGAGACUUGCAACCAUUUAAGAACUACACCAUGAAGGAAAACCCGGAGGUACAUGACGUAAGCGUGACGUCAUACGGACGUUAUUUGCACGUGCAAUGGAAACCACCGAUCGAGGCUAACGGUAUUAUUGUUGGUUACCAACUAAGGAUCAAUAGCUCUAACUUUACAGGAAGUCGUGUUCUCGAAUAUUUGUUCGACAAGUUACAGCCCAAGACAGAGUACGUUGUGUUUAUAACCGCAGCAACAAACGCAGGCUCAGGAGAAGCCGUUUCAACUUCUGCCCGCACGACAGACAUGAGAACUCCCGCAGUGGCACCUCCACCAAUAGUUGAAGCCAUCGACGAAGAUAGUGUCAAUGUCACCUACGUUCCAAGCUCAAAGGAAGGCGGAUACCCGGAAAAAUUCUACAUUGUUUAUAGAGAAAAAGAAGAUGAUGAAAACUUAAAGAAUACGGAGGCUAUCGAAAUCAAGAAAAAUGGACAAAAUCGUUCAUCCAGAUUGAUGAUUUGGACGAUACCAAAGUUUGUUUGUAAACUGUUGUCACCAACGGUGACUUGA